AUCACACCACAAGUUCCUCAGCAACAAUAUCCACAACAACAGCCUUAUGAUCCCUACAACCAACAAUACAAUCCUAAUCAACAAUAUAAUCCAAAUCAGCAGUACAAUCCUAAUCAACAAUAUAAUCCAAAUCAGCAGUACAACCCUAAUCAACAAUACACCCAACCAGCGGCACCAAUUGAUGGCUCUGUUCCUGUGCAACCAGCAUUGCCAGUAGACACUGCUGCUACAGUUCCAACAGCUGUUGCUAUUGAUCCAACAACUAUUCCUUCUACCGAUCCGACUUUAAUUUCAGUAGCAGAUGUAACAUCUCCACAAAUAUCAGAUUCCUCAACUUCGAUUUCAUUAGUUAACACUGAUGUAACAACAAGUUCAUCAACAACUGUUCUAGUUAACAAUUCAGCCCCAAUUCCUGCUUCAAGUGCACGUGAUGGUGAAAUAGUUGAACAGAAGUCAGCUACAAUUACUCAACAAGAAGUGCCUAAAACCAGUGAAAGUAAAACAGAGAAUGCUUCUUCUCAAUUAAAAUACUCAUUUGCUGUUAUCUCGCUCUCUCUUCUUUAUCAGCUUGCUAUUAAAUUAAUUCUUUAAGUAAACCUUUCAACAAAGAUAAAAAAGAUAAGAUUGUAAACAUUUUUUUCUGUUAUUUAAAGUCAGAAGUUAUUUAGUUGCUCCCUGAAACUCGAUAAAAUAAGAUUAGAAAGUUUUCAGCUUGAAGCAUUUUAUUUAUAACAAAACAAUUCAAAAUAAUUGCAACUGAAUUUUAAUUGUGUAUGCAAAGACUAAUUUUGAAAAAAAUAAAAAAAGUGAAAAACAAAAAACAUGAAAAGAAAUGAAAAAAAAUUUCAAUUAUUUUUGGUAGUUUUUUUCAUAUCUUUUUCAAUAUGCAUUCAUCAAUGUGAGGGUAAAGAUAAACAUAAAAACGAUAAGCAGAAACAUUCGGACGAUCACAGAAAGAAUGAUCACCAACACCAGAAUAAUCACAAAAAUUCAACAACUGGUCAUCAUACAAACCACACUUCUUCGCAUAAUUCAAAUGAUGAUAAAUCACAUCAGCAUAAUAAUGCGAGUCAUAUCGGGUGGAGUUUGCAUACUCCAAACGGUCAACAAAAGCCACCUCCAGGUAAUCCAAACGGCUACGCAUUACAUCAUCAUGAGUCGUCACAUGAUAGUCAGCACCAUCCAACGCAUCAUCAAACACAUGCAAACCCUCAUCAUUCAACCCAAAGUCACGACCAACCUUCGUCAGCUGUAAAUCAUCAACAACCUCAAGAUACCGGCGCAUCACCUUUAGCUUCUGGGCUUGGUGGCUUUGCACUUGGUGCUGUCGGUGGUGCUGCCGGUGGAUAUCUUCUUAGCAAUGCAUUGAACUCAGAUGAUGGAGACGGUGAAAAACAUUCCGAAAAUGAGUCAACAACAAUUGUAAAUGAAACAACUUUAUCAGCUAUAUUGACUCAAGAUGUUAACAUUACACAAGCUGAUGGGGUAACAACUGCAUCGAAUGUCCCAUUCGAAUCAUCAACUGCAGAUGUCGAUACUUCAGUUAAAUCUACAGAUUUUGAGAUAUCGAAUUCAACUGAGAAUUCUACGAUUCUUUCUGAUCCAAUGGAAGUCGUGACACUGGCAACGGAUGCUCCUAUGAUUGAAGCAAAAGCCGCACAAAAGCUUGCUGAACCUGCAUCGGUUGAAACCACAACAGUGAAUUCUACUGACGUAAGCUCAGCUGACGUUCAAAAAUUAUCAUUGAGAAUUCUUACAAUUUCCUUUGUUUCAACUAUAUUAUUGAUUAUUAAAAUAUAAAAAAAAAUCGAAUAAGCUCACAGAUAUCGUCUGGGAUCAACUUAAAAUAACUACGAAGUUUUUCCAAUGAACAAAGUUUUCUGUUCAACUAAGUUUACUUAACAAAUUAACAUUUUCAAAUCUGCUAAUUUUGAUCUUCAGUAAACUUUGAAAAACAAUUCUUUUCAAGUUUCUUCUACUUUUUCUGUCAGUUGAGUUUGAGAAGUCGAAGAGACAAAAUAUAAAAUAUAUCUAAUUCAUAGUUUGCGAUAGUUAAACAGAAAAUAAAAUAUUCAGAAUAAAAUUCAUUAAAACCGCAUUAAAAUGCAUAAACAAAAGUCUUUGAAACUUUUUAUGUUACUUUUUAUUUUUCUAAUUCUUGAUGUUCCAAAUCUUUGUUCCGGCGCUAAACGAUAUCCGUCAUAUUCGCAAGGAAAAGCUACAACAAGACGAACACAACCAUCAAAGCCAAAUGAAGAAGCUACUAAAUUGAGUUAUGGAUCGUAUCAAAGUCAACGACCAGUUCAAAAUCAAGUUAAUCCUCCACAAUAUAAUCAAGCUCCAUCAGCUCCGACUUACAACCCACCUCAAACGCAAUAUCAUCCUCAGUCCCAAUACCAACCACAGCCUCCACCUCCAUACAGUCAAACUUAUCCUCAACCAGCAGGAUUUCAACCAGCUUCACAACAACCAAUCAUUGUGAAUCACGUUCAACAGCCACAAUCAAGUGGUGGCCUUGGAACUGCUGGUGGAUUAGCUAUAGGCGCAUUAGGUGGUGCUGUUGGGGGCUAUGCAUUGAGUGAAGCUUUAAAAGGUGAUGGAGACAAGAAGGAAGAAACAACUGAAAAGAAAACUGAGGCUCCAGAGAAGAAGACAGAAGUUCCAGAAAAAAAAGAAGAAAUAGAGUCAACAACUUCGGUUGCUGGAGCUAAUGGCGCAUCUAUAAUCAUCAAAGAUCCAGCAUUGCAUCUCAACGAAUCGAUUGUUGAGGCAAAUUCAACAACACAUGAAUUUGAAAAUGCAACGAUUGCAAAUAAUGCAACAGAGUCAGUUGAUUCAUCAACGCCUUUAACUGAAGUGCUGUUUGAAAGUAAAAACUCCACAGAAACUCAUUCGUCUCUUGUAAAUGACGCCACAGGUGCAAAAAUAUCAUUGAAUAUCGCUUUGCUAGCAUUUAUCUCCAACUUUAUCUUAUAAAGAUAACAAUUUUUGUUAUGAAAUUAAUCCGAUAAAUUAUAUGAGACGAACAUAAUUAAAAUGCUUACUACUGUUAAACUCACGUAUUUAGACCUUAAAUCAUUUGUAAUUUUAAUGAGUUCCGGCUAAAUGAUUUCCAUUUUUUUAUUUUACAAUUUCCCUUUCACCUCCAACACAUCUCAUCAUUGAAAUUAUGAAACCAAAAUUUGACUCACGCUGACGAAUGGAUCAGUCACAUGAUCGGUUUCUAUCAUGUGGAUGUGUGUGUGUCAUCUCACCUCAUCACCUUCAGUUUAUUUUUUGUUUAAGAACAGAUAUGUGUGAAAAAUAAUAAAAAAGCUUUAGUCAUA